AUGAGCCAGAAACCAAAGCGAGUCAGUGCACCUAACAAUACUCUCCCAUACGCGUACACUGAGUCACCUAGUAGCAGCAAAGGAGGGAAAAGAAAGAGAUUAUUACCUCAGAUACCGUCAACAUCUACCCCAGUUGCUAGGGGUAACGAGACAACAAUCAACCUCACUACGGUGUCGGAGAUCUCUGCAGUAUCAGUGCUCACUCAGAAUGCAACAACAGCAGAUGUUACAAGGUCACCCGCACGAGAAUUUGUAUCUCCGGUCAAGUUUACUGACAAUGGCGAGGACUCGUGUGUUACCGUGGCGGUGCGAGUACGUCCCUUUUCUGAGAGAGAGCUCAAUUUGCAGCAGUUGAAACCCAUUGUCAGAAUGCACGGUAACGAGGUCAUCAUAAAAUCAAAAGACGACGUAGUCCAUCGAUUCUACUAUGACCAUUGUUUCUGGUCCCUACCCGAGGAUUCCCCAGGGGAGAGCGUGAGCAGUGGGCGGAGUCUCAGCCCACAGUUUGCCAGUCAGGAGUACGUCUAUAAGCAUCUUGCUCAGCCUCUGUUAGAUCGAUCGUUUGAGGGAUACAACACUUGUUUGUUUGCGUACGGACAAACAGGCUCUGGCAAGUCUUACUGUAUUAUGGGUGAGGGGGAGGCUAUUGGAAUUGUCCCGAGGUUUGCUCAAGAACUGUUUGAUCGGGUGGAGGGAAUGUCUGAUGAUGAGACCUCGUUCAAGGUGCAGGUUAGCUACUAUGAGAUCUACAAGGAGAAGAUCUACGACCUGUUAGCCUCCAACCAGCACAAGAUAAAGAAAAAGCUGAGAGUGAGGGAGCACCCGGUACUAGGCCCCUAUGUGGAGGACCUGUCUACCUUUGUGGCAGACUCAUAUCCUGACAUUGAGAGAUGGAUUCACCUUGGUAACCGUUACCGAGCAACAGCUGCGACCGGGAUGAACGAGCGUAGCAGUCGAUCACACUCAGUGUUCACCAUCACUCUCACUCAGAGCACGGUUUUUGAGGGUGAGGAGCAGAACAGAGUGAGUCGCAUUAACCUUAUUGACUUGGCUGGCAGUGAGCGCUCCUCUGUCUCCAAAACCUCCGGAGAGAGACUCAAGGAGGGUGCCAGUAUCAACAAGUCCCUGCACUCGUUGGGCAAAGUCAUCUCCCUACUCUCAGAGAAGGGGUCUGGUCGCAGGAAGAAGGUGUUCAUCCCGUAUCGUGACUCUACCCUCACCUGGCUCCUCAAGGAGAGUCUGGGUGGGAACAGCAAGACGGCCAUGAUUGCAACCGUCAGUCCCUCACACCUUCACUACGAUGAGAGUCUGGGCACACUAAGAUAUGCCCAGCAAGCUCGUACCAUAGUCAACGUGGCUCGCAUCAAUGAAGACCCCAAUGCAGCCAUAAUCAGAGACCUACGACAGCAGAUUGAGCAGCUCCAAUCGCUCCUCCAGACCAGUGGUGUUCAGUCAAUUGGGGAUUCCUCUCAGGUGAAAGUACUGCACGAGAAGCUGCUGGAGAGUGAGAAGCUGAUGGCCGACACCACUCGCUCAUGGAAGGAGAAGCUCAGACAGUCAGAGGCCAGGAAACAGGAGGAGAUAGAGCAGUUACAGCGUUCUGGAGCUCUAACUGUGAACAACCGCGAGCCCAACUUGGUCAACCUGACUGAGGACCCCCAGCUGUCAGAGAUAGUGGUGUACUUCCUGAAGGAGGGGGUCACACGUGUGGGACGGAGGAGGGAGGGUGGAUCACAUGACAUCGAGCUCUCCGGGGCACUCGUCAUGAGCAAUCAUUGCUCACUGUCCAACGAUGCUGGUGUGGUGACCCUCCAGCCCUCAUCCAACACUGAGGCACAGACCUUCCUCAAUGGACACCUCAUUUCAUCCACUGACCAGCUGCACCAUGGUGAUCGUAUAGUGCUUGGUGGGGAGUACUACUUCCGAUUCAACAACCCUUUGGAGGUGGAGCAAGGAAUGCAUCUGAAGAAGGGACAGGGAACAUUUGAAUACGCCAAGAAUGAGCUCAUCAGGGAACAAACGGCAAGACUGGAAGCUGAGUUGGAGGAACGUCGACUAAAGGAGAGAGAAGCAUUGAUGGGUGAGCUACAGUCACUCAGGGAUGCAGCACAGAAGGACAUGGACUAUCAGAGAGUGGAGUACGAGGAGAAGCUGGCAAAUCUUACUAGAGAUAUGGUUGAGCAGACGAUGGAGGCCAGCCACCACAUUAAGUCCAGUGAGGAGGUCCGUGCUGCCAUGGAGGAGCUACAGGAGAGGAACAAGGCUCUCGAGGAGGAGACAGUGACACAAAAACACCUCCUCCACCUGGAGAAGAUCAAGGCUGAGAGAGAGUAUGAAGAGAUUAAGGAGGAGAAGACUCGACUCAUGAGUGAUCUUGAGCAGGAGAAGAACAAGUUGUUAGCGGACAUACAGCAACUUAACAAGAACAAGUCCGUGAGGUUGAACGUUAGUUGUCGAGAGCCCACGGUGUCUACAGUGUCCAUGGAGCCUUCUAGGAAGGGCUCUGAGAUGGUGCGACUAGCCAUGAUGCUGCAGGAGGCCUCAGCCAUCAGCAAGAGUCUCAACAGGCCACUGACUUUUAGUCGUGAAGAGCUCACUGAUGACUCUGAUGGUCUGGAGGUCCAGGUGCGAGUUAACAACACACAGCAGGGAAUUGUCACAUUCUGGACUCUGGAGAAGUUUGAAGGGAGACUAGAAGUGAUGAGGGACAUGUACACAAACAUGUCAACGUCUGGUAUUGGGUCGAGUACCUCACUGGAAGGAGAGAGUGUGGGUUCGUCUUGUGAGGAACCUGAUCCCUUCUCUGACCCCUCAGAUUCCUGGGUCAAGGAGUCAUUGAUCACACCGCAACCCUCACCAAUGAGGUCAUCGUCAAUUCGCCACCUUUUGAUGUCUAGCAGCUCCACCCACUCCAUCACCCUCCCCGGCUCUGCCCUCCCCCCACGCUCCCUCCUGGACCUCCUUAACGUCAGCUCUAGAGGGGGAAGUCCCAUGCUACCCCCUGUCUCUCAUAUCACCCCCCACCUCUCACUACCUGCACUUUGUCACCAGAGAAUUAGUGGCCUACUAGGGAUUAGCCCUGCUGAGUCUGGGUCAGUGUUCCAGAGGGUGUUAUCGAGAGUACUGGAUAUCAGGGAGGCUUGUGAAGCUAUUGAGGAGGCUUACUGUCAGAACAUGGACAGCAUCGAUGCUCCACUGUGGUCCACCCCCUCAGUGACCGAGGCUGUCCUCUCACUCUACACAUCACUGGAGCUCCUGUUGGCCGAGGGACAGACUCUCCAGCGAGAGCUGUUAGCCUGGCAUUCCCUGGUGACCAGACUGCUCCCAACCUGGGUGGACGGAGGUGGUCUGGUGACAGAGAGAGCUGAUAACUUCCUGGAGACCAUCUCACAACAAACUGCUCUCUAUUGCAGUCGACUAUUACAGGCUACUGAAAAGGAGAGUGAAAACGCCGUUAGAGAGGCGUGUGCUAGUCUGAGGGAGAGCCUGGAUUCGCUGACUCAGCAAACUGGUUCCCUCUCUCUGGCCAGACAAGUACUGGACAAGACAUUUGUGAGCCGAGUGCCUGUCACGCCGUCUUCUGGCCAUGUGGUAGUGGGUGAACCUGACGGGGGGGAUGACUUCAUCACACUGCAGCCGUACCAGAAGUCAGCCAUGUUGUUCUACCAGGGCUAUUGUGACUGGUGCAGUGCAGUGUUUGAGCACGCCCGGGGGAGGGUGGGGGAGUGUGUCCAGUCUCUCUCCCCAUACACAGAUCAGAGUGAUCUGGUGUCGGGGGUGGCCAAGACAGUGACUGGAGUCGAGGCCUUCCUACAGAGGCUGGCAGAGUUACAGGGAGACAUCUGGAGUAUAUCUGCUCCCAGUGUUGGCACCCUCCCACUCACCCCGCCCCUCCCCUCAGUAGUGGAGCUAUUAUCCCAUAUCCGACAAGUCGAGAAAUCUGUGGAGACAAUCACUACACACAUCACACCCUUCCUACAGACUGACACGACCAGCACCAGUCUAGAGGACCUCUCAUCCAGUAACAAACAAGUAGCGUACAGCUGCAACGAGCUUGCUGCUCUUGCAUUACGAGUAAUCAAAGGUUCUCCUUGCCCACAGACACAAGGCUAUGUGUACGAGGUGCAGCAGCUCUCACAUGAGAUAGCUAGAGCUGGCAAGACUGUCAACCACGUCAUAAAGAGGGGAACUGACGAAGAGAGAGGCAAGAAAAGAAGAGAAAUGAAAAAGAAACCUUUUCAAAUUGAAAAUGCCACAACAGCGAUAGACGAACGUAUUGUGCCAGUUGUGGACAUGUCCACCAUUCCUGUGUGUGAAGAGUUGAUUGGUGCUAAAGGGAGUAGUGAGUCAAGAACCUCUAUGGCAACCGGACAGCUAACGCAGUCGCCAGAACAUCGGGUCAACAGGUCAAAGAACGAACAUGUGACUAUUGGUAGAGACAUGUAUAGCAGUAUUAUAGAUGAUGAAGAUGACUCCACACUUGUAUAGUGUAUAAUGUGUUGAAACUUUCUGUUUGUGUAUCUUACACAAUGUUUAGCCAACAGGUUUUUGUGAUACCCCCGAACAAUUGUUCUCGGGGUAUGUUUUAUUCUCAAUUGUGACGUUG